AUGAGCGAUCACGAGCGCUCGCUUCUGAGAGAGAGGCUUGGGCAAGACGAGGAGGGGGGCGAGCUGCAUCCGCUUCCGUCAGGGCAUCGCUUCCGGGCCGAGCAGGACGCCCUGGCGUGCUACAGCCUUCCUGGUUGGGAGCAGAAGCGGGGCUUGCCGCACUAUAGCAGCUUCGAGCACCUGGACGGCCGGAGCAGAAGCUCGGAAGAGUUCAAAUGCGCCACCGGAAAGUCAAUGACGGAGUGGGACGCCGAUAACGUACUUGGGCUGAUCAAGGGCGCCGGAAAGCUCUCACGGAAGAAGGGAAACGCGAGCAAGCGGCCGAAUAGGAGUCGGGGGGUCUUUGUGUUUUGUUGCCCCCACAGAGUGAUAUACGGGUUCCACACGAUGCUGCGCGGGGAGAGCCCCAGGGACGCGUUCGUCGUGCUCUACACGCGGAUGAAACGCGAGGAUUUGCCCCAGUACCUCGUGUACAACAACGCAUGUGCGCUGCGCAACUACUGCCUGCGACGAGCACCGGCCCACUUUGCCAACGUUAGAUUUAUUGUCGACAGGUUCCACUACGCGAAGGCUGGAUCCGAAGUGCACAAGUGCGGCCCCUCGAAUUGCCCGGAGAGUUACGCAGCCCUUCACUGGGUCAAUACGUCGGCCGUGGAGUCAGUCAACAGCUUCCUAAAGGGGUUUAGGAGUUUGGGGUGGUAUUCAGGGCUUGAGAGCUUCAUGGUGAUCUUGCCUCUGCUGCUCGGCGGCUACAAUAGCUCUUUGAGACGAGUCGACGACGCGAAGCUUAGCAUCGCGGUUGCGGCGGCCUUGUGGACAAUUGAAAUGCGCGCCGUAUUAUUGCAAGGAUAG